AUUCAAUCCGGUCACUCUCGAUCCCAAGAGCAGCUGAUGCAGUCCAGGAUGAUUAAGUCGAAAUGAGGCUGCCGUCCGGUUCUCUGCUCCCCACCUACAGACAGAGCAUUCCCACACUGCUCCAUGGAGCGACCCGGGACCUUCUAUUUACGAUAAGAUGAUGGCAGCCCGAAAAAGAAAGAUGCUAGCGCUGUCGGCGGCAGCAUCUAAACAAACCGUGUCGUCAAAUAAACACAACAAGGAGACGGAGCUGAAGCAAGAGGACUCACCCACUCAGUGCGAAAAUGCUCAGAGUGCUGAGGCGGAGCGAAGCCGUUAUUUUACCAAGAAUGAGCAGCAGCACAGGCUAGGAGAGGACUUCUUCAAGCAGCCCUGCAUCAGUUUAGCUAAAGCCUUCCUCGGCAAGGUGCUGGUCCACAGGUGUGCAGAUGGUACGGAGUUGCGAGGAAGAAUAGUGGAAACUGAAGCUUACCUUGGAGGGGAGGACAAGGCCUCACACUCGGCAGGAGGCAAACGCACCGAGAGAAACACAGCCAUGUUUAUGAAGCCCGGCACAAUCUACGUGUAUCCAAUCUAUGGCAUCUACCUAUGCAUGAACGUGUCUAGUGAAGGGGAGGGUGCUGCUGUGUUGCUGCGCUCACUCGAGCCCCUACAGGGUGAGGCCGUCAUGAGGCAGCUGAGGGCAGCCAGACGCAAAGAGGGAGCCCGUCAGCUGAAGGACAAAGAGCUCUGCAAUGGGCCUUCAAAGCUCUGCCAGGCUCUAAAUAUACCCCGAUGUUUUGACCGUCGAGACUUAGCCUCAGACCCAGAAGUGUGGCUGGAGAAUGAUCCCGACACAAGUCCAGCAAAACCCCAAGACAUCGUAUCAGCACCACGCAUCGGAAUAGAGUCCCACGGGGAAUGGGCCAAGAAGCCGUGGCGUUUUUAUCUACGUGGGCACCCUUGUGUUAGCGUUGUGAAUAAAGAGGCAGAGAGACAGACUCUGUCUGGAAAUGUCAUGAACGAUUUAAGUCCCCAUGCCGUGAAGCCUGAUACAGGACAGCACAAUGUCAAAAGGACUUAACAGGAAAAUUCCUGAAACUCCUCUGCCAUCUGAUCUCUCUAAAGAGUUUAACACUGAAGAAUAAAAAUCGUAGAAAUAUAUGAUUGCUUUGUUGGGAUGUGUCUCACACACAUGAAAUUAAACUGUAUAUUUGUAAUUUUGUAGUUUGGAGGCAGUGGAGAUUCUACAAUAAAUAUUGCUCGUUUUCCUCAA